AACUUUAUUUUAAGAGGAUGUUAAUUAAAAAAUACUGACCAUAUAUAUGGAUUAGUAUGUUAUACUGGGCAUGAAACUAAAAUUAUGUUAAAUUCAGUAAAAGCUAGAUCAAAAAAAUCAAAAGUAGAAAAUUUAAUGAAUAAUUUUAUUUUAUUAAUUUUUGUUAUUUAACUUUUUAUUUGUUUUAUAACUGCUUUAAUAGCUUCAAUUUAGAAUAAAAUACUAUUUAAAAAUUUAUCUUAUUUAAAUCAUAAUACUAUAAAUAUAGAAGUUUCUUUUUUUCAAUAAUUAUUAAUUAAAUCAGGCGCUUGGUUGUUGAUUUUUACUAAUUUUGUUCCAAUUUCUUUAUUAGUAACUCUUGAAAUGGUAAAAUUUUUUUAAGGAAUCGUUAUUUCAGAGGAUAAAAACACCCAAUUAGUAUAUAAAGAAGAAAACGAAACAAAAAUAUCCAAAACAAUAGUCCAAUCAUCCAAUUUAAACGAAGAAUUAGGCUAAGUUCAAUAUAUAUUUUCCGAUAAAACCGGCACAUUAACCUCUAAUAUAAUGAAAUAUAAAUGUCUGACAGUCAACGGGAUCUCAUAUGGUGAAAAAGAAGACAUGACAGCCCAAGAUUUAUAAAAAUUUCCGAAACUAGACAACGUAGACUUCAAAGAAUGGCAAAUUUUUAAAGAAUUAGAAGACUAGAAUUCUCCUAAUUUCCCUUAUUUAUUUGAUUUUUUACAAAUGCUAUCUAUAUGCCAUACUGUAAUAACUGAAUAUGACUAAAAAACCAAAAAUAAUAUAUAUAAUGCAUCAUCUCCAGAUGAACUUGCUCUAUUAAACUUCGCAAAAUUUACGGGAUUCGAAUUUAUUGGAAUAGACGAAAACGAUAAUAUGACAAUAAUAUAUAAAAACUAAAAAAAGUACAUUUUUAAACUACUUCAUGUACUAGAAUUUAAUUCAACACGAAAAAGAAUGAGUAUAAUAGUUUAGAAUGAAUAAAAUGAAAUUCUUUUAUAUACUAAAGGAGCAGAUUCAGUUAUUGAGAAAAGAAUGUCAUCCUCGAACUAGUAAAUUACAAUAGAAAAAACAUGGGAAAAUCUAAAUAGAUAUGCAAAUAAAGGUCUAAGGACUUUAUUAUGUGCAAAAAGAAAAAUAGAUAUAUAAGAAUAUAAACUAUGGGAUAAUUAGUAUAACAAAGCAAUGAAUAGUUUAGAUAAUAGAGAAUAAAAAAUGGAAGAUCUAUAAGACUAAAUAGAAAUUUAACUAGAAAUUAUAGGAGCGACAGCUAUAGAAGAUAUGUUAUAAGAUGAAGUAGGUGAAACUAUAAGUAUAAUAAAAUAAUCUGGAAUAAAGGUUUGGGUUCUUACAGGUGAUAAAAUAGAAACUGCAAUAAAUAUAGGAUAUUCAUGUAGAUUAUUAUCUAAUGAAUAAGAAUAAAUAAAAAUAGAUGGGUUAUAGAAAGAUUAAAUUUUAGAUUCUAUAGAUUAAUCGUUAGAGAGAUUAUAAUAAAUAUAGUGCGAUAUUUAAGAAAAAAAUCCAAUAGCAUUAAUAUUAACAGGAGAUGGAUUAAUACAUAUAAUGGAAGAUAAAAAAUUAAUAAAUUAAAUAAUUGAAAUAGCCAAUUAAUGUGAGGUCGUUUUAGCUUGUAGAGUAUCUCCAAAAUAAAAACAAGAAAUAGUUUCUAUGAUAAAACAUGCUAAGCCAGGAGUUACUACUUUAGCAAUAGGGGAUGGGGCAAACGACGUAAAUAUGAUCACUGCGGCACAUGUAGGUAUAGGUAUAAGGGGAAAAGAAGGUCAAUAGGCAGCUAGGGCUAGUGAUUUUGCUAUUGGAGAAUUUAAAAUAUUAAGAAAUUUAUUGCUACAUCAUGGAAGGGAGUGCUAUAGAAGGAAUUCUAUACUUAUUUUUUAUAAUUUCUAUAAAAAUAUGUUAUUGGUAUUACCAUAGUGGUGGUAUGGGUUUUGUAAUGGAUUUUCAGGAAUUUCUUUAUAUGAUCCUUGGAUUUACUAACUCUAUAAUAUGUGUUAUACUUCCAUUCCAAUAGUUAUUUAUGCUAUAUUUGAUGAAUAAUAUAGUGGCUAAUAAUUUAUUAAUAUGCCUUGGGAAUAUUAAUAAGGUAUAAAUUCUUUAAUUUUUAAUAAAUUUUAAUUCUUGAUAUGGAUUUUCAAUGGAGCAUGGUAAGCUCUGUUAUGUUGUUGGAUAUGUUUUUUAGGAAUGGAAAGUACUUUUGUAUAAAAUGGAAGAAUAUUUUUUUUUUCUUCAACUGGAAACGCUUCAUUUGGUGGAUCUGUAAUUGUUGGAAAUUUAAAAGUUUUACUCUUUAGUUAUGUGCAUACUCCUAUAUCAUUAUUUUGUAUAUUUGGAAGUAUUAUUUUUUAUAUUUCUAAUCAUGCAUUUGCUAGUAGUUAAAUUGAGUCAUCUGAUAUAUAUAAUACAUUUAAUAAUUAAUUUAGAUCUGGAUACUUUUGGUUUUCAAAUUUUAUUUUAAUAUGUUGUACUUUUUUAAUUGAAUUUGCCUUUGUUUAUUAUAAAUACCAAAACGAAAAUCCUAAAUAAUAAAUUUUAUAGAAAAACAUUUUAAAAUUGCACCAGAAUAUUAAUUAAAAAAUAGAUUUAGAAAAUGGAAAAAAUCAAAAUAGUGUCACACCUCUAUAUUGUGGUUAAUAAUUCUAAUUAAAAAUUGAAGAUUAAUUAUAAAUUAAUUUAAGCAAUAAUACAG